CCCGUACUCCGCGUUCGAGGAAGCAUGAUAGCAAAUUAGCGAGGAGGGCCGCGUAAGGGGCGGGCUCAGCUGGCCGCAGCCCUCACGAGCGGCUCCGCGGGGGCUCCACGACCUACAGGGUAGCGCUUGCCCUGAGGGGCCCGCCGAGGUGCGUGUGCCCCCGCCGGCAGUGCUGAACGCGCCUCUCCAUCGCCGCUCCUCCUCCGGCUCCGCAGAAGCGAUCGUUACCGGAACGAAAAGCGUUCCGCCCGCUCCUUGAGCAGCGCCUUGCUAUUGGCUGUCCUCCCGGAGCGAUCGCUUCGAGGAGUUGCGAUUGGUCUGCCACUGGCGACGUCGCAGGCAAGCUGCUCGCCGAUUGGCUACGGCCUGGGCGAGCUCUGGCGGGGGGUUCGUAACGGGGGUGAGGGCAGUAUGGCAGCCGGGCCGGCAGGCCCGGGGUGGGGGGCGGCGGUGUCCCUCCGCCGGUGAAUGUGUCUGUCUGCAGCGGGGCGGCUCCGUGCCAGUGGGGUGCACACAACGGCCUGGCGCCCGUCCAGCCAGAGGUCGACAUGGUGACGGUCAGUUUCCGUAAUCAAAAUACAUUUGCCUACGCCAUGUACGAAUAGCCCUGGAUCACUCCAAACUGCGCGUGCACGAGAUCUUUAGUUGAAAAUGAAGAGCUGGCGUAAAGGCGGGCAGGGUAGGAAUGGCUGUCCCUGCCUCUUCGCAAGCUUCUACCCAGAGCCAAAGCACGCCGCGGAGUGACAAGCAAUUAAAAUUGCUAGUAAUUCUUAACUGCACUAUUAUUAGCUGAUCCCUUUAAUAGCGUAUAUGUUAACGGCCAUAUGAACCAAGGUGCUGAAUUGUUACUUUUUCUAAGCCACUUUAACAACAGACCGUUUAUUCCGGUGCCAUAUCAGGAAAUGGACUGGGACCAGUUUGACUUGAACCCUAAAGUAAUUGCUGCCCUUAAGAAAGCUGACAUAAAAUCAAUAAAAGAGAUUUUAAAUCUUUCUGGAGCAGACUUGCAAAGAUUGAUGAAACUGUCCAAUGCAGAUAUACAGUGCUUGCUGAAAACAGUCUCUCACGCGCUAAGGAGAAAUAGUAUGCUUACAGCACUUCAGCUCUACCAAGAUAAAGACCAUCUCACCUCCCAACACCAGAAGCUAAGCCUAGGAUGUUCAGUACUAGAUAACUUGUUAAAAGGCGGCAUUCCUUUAGUGGGAAUCACAGAACUUGCUGGGGAAAGUUCCGCUGGGAAGACUCAGAUUAGUUUACAGCUUUGCCUUUGUGUGCAGUAUCCUUACAAAUAUGGUGGAUUAGAGUCUGGAGCUGUCUACAUUUGUACAGAAGAUGUAUUCCCAAGUAAACGUUUGCAACAACUCAUAGAGCAACAACAUAAGCUGCGUGCAGAUGUUCCAGCUGAAAUCAUACAGAAGAUCAAAUUUGGAAACAGUAUUUUUGUUGAGCAUGCAGCAGACCUAGAUACCUUUCACAACUGCAUUACUAAAAGGAUUUCCCCACUGCUCACGAGAGGCAUGGUGCGGUUGGUGGUCAUAGACUCUAUUGCUGCUUUGUUUCGAUGCGAGUUUGGAGUUUCAGAGUCUGUUAUGAAGGCUCGGUAUUUGCAGACAUUUGGAGCACAGCUUCACAGUUUAAGCACUAGAUUCAGGAUUCCAAUAAUCUGCGUUAAUCAGGUGACGGAUGCAGUGAGCGACUCAGAAGCUGCUCAGUGCAGCUGUAGCAUAGUGGGUAGCAGAGUCUCUCCAUCACUUGGAAUAACCUGGGCAAAUCAACUGCUAAUGAGACUGAUGGUCAGCCGAACAUCACAACCCGAACGAUCACCUGGAGUCACGUCACACCACACUGGAAGCGUGAGGACUUUAAGAGUAGUUUUUGCUCCUCAUCUCCCUCCAUCCUUUUGCUACUAUACAGUAAAAUUGGAAGGUGUAACAGGCAUAAAAUAAAUCCAUUGCACAACAAAGCAUCCUGCUCCAAAAAGGUAUCAAAACUACUUUGGUUCAGGAAGAAUUACUAGUAAAAUGAAAUUCUUCCUAGAUGAGAGAAGUAGAUGCUGAAAUACAUAAACGCUGACAAUACUUUAAGCCUUGUCUACACUGUGAAAGAUGAUCUUUUUAUACUUGGAUGUAUGCUUAUCAGCCUUCCCUUGUGAGGUUAAGUUUUCUGAAGGAGAGUAAGGCUGUGGGCAGGUGGAGGCUGCACACUGAAGUGUGAUCUGGGGCAACCUCCAUGUUGGUGGAGAGAUGAUUUUUAAUAGCAUACUCACCUAGAAACAGCAUUUACUGCAAGUGUGUACUUUCUCUGUUUCCACACUCAAAGGGACUCCAACCAGUUAAUAAUGCCUGAUGGUGCGUCUAGUCGUUGUGCUGCCAUUAUGUACAGCCACUCUUCUGUCUGUAGGGCCUCAGAAAUAACAUAAAGCAGCUUUGUCACAAAGCAGCUAUCCUAUCUUAAAGCCACUUUUUAUUAGGAUUAAAAAAUACUAGAAAGAUACUUGAUUUUUAACAUUUUACUGCAAGAAUCAAAACUGUACUGCUUUUGUGCUAUAGGGGCCUAUCUAGCUUCAUAGAACUUCCACAAAUUUUUUUUAAAUAGUUCUUUUUCACUCGUCUGCUUUUCAGUUCCCUCCCCUUGCCUCUUUAGCAUUGUCCAUUUGAAAAAUAACAAAUGCCAUGCCCCUCGCCCCUUGUUCUGUUUGCCCACCUCUGAAGCUGGGUACCCGGGGAGCAAAGGCUCUCUGUUUGUUCCUCCCGUUCUUGCGCACGGCUCUGUGCUGUGUUGGCUCUGGACAGCAGCGCUGAGCCGCUCCGGGAGCGCCGGCCCGCUACCGCUGUCCUGCCGCUGGGCGCUUAGCUGAGUUGUGCUUCCGACGGGCACCUGUUGCUGGUCUUGUCCAUCUAUGGCGCUAUUACUCUUCCCAGGUUUUUGUUGUUGUUAAAGCUUUACAUGUGUUUUCUUUCCUGCUUUGCACUAUUUAGCACUUUUUUUUUUAAUUGUCCUCAGAUGACUGCUACGGUAUCUGCUUUUGCUCAGUAAAGCGCCUCAUGCACCUUUCCAAAGGCCUUAGACCUUAUCUGGCCUACAUUAUGCGCCUGCUCUGAGCAGCGUAAAAUGCUUGCUUGUAUCGCAUAUUUGUUAAGCUUUCAGAUAUCCCCAGGUUGCCCAAACAAGAACUCUACCAGAGCCUUAUGUUCUCUGUAGUUUCAUUGCUCAGUUCUGUCUUUCAGCAUGUGAGCCCCUUUUGUUUUCUGCAGUCUAAAUUAACCCUUUUCCAUAAAUACAUGUUUAGAGGCCUGACUGUCACUUGGUAAAAGGCAAGGCCAGCCAAAUGCCUGUUGUGUUCUUCAGAUACCCUGUAUUAGCAAAGAGCCAAGUCCUCUACCUUUCCCUAUCCCAAGUAAUACUCUGUGAGGACAGCACAGCCAUCUUUUUUCAUGGAAGCAUGCAGCUGGGUAGCAGAAAGGAAAAGUUCUGUGUAGCUGAGGCACACU